GCACAGGCCAUGCCUCUGAAACAUUAUCUCCUCUUGCUGGUGGGCUGCCAAGCCUGGGGUGUAGGGUUGGCCUACUAUGGCUGCCCUAGUGAGUGCACUUGCUCCCGGACCUCCCAGGUGGAGUGCACCGGAGCGCGCAUUGUGGCAGUGCCGACCCCUCUGCCCUGGAAUGCCAUGAGCCUGCAGAUCCUCAAUACGCACAUCACCGAACUCAAUGACUACCCAUUCCUCAACAUCUCGGCCCUCAUUGCUCUGAGGAUCGAGAAGAACGAGCUGUCCCAAAUCAUGCCUGGUGCCUUCCGCAACCUGGGCUCACUGCGUUACCUCAGCCUUGCCAACAACAAGCUGCAGGUUCUGCCUGUUGGCCUCUUCCAGGGCCUGGACAACCUUGAGUCUCUCCUUCUAUCCAGCAACCAACUGGUGCAGAUCCAGCCAGCGCACUUCUCCCAGUUCAGCAACCUCAAGGAACUGCAGUUGCAUGGCAACUACCUGGAAUAUGUCCCUGAUGGUGUCUUUGACCACCUGGUGGUCCUCAACAAGCUCAAUCUGUGCAAGAAUAGCCUCACCCACCUCUCGCCCAGGGUCUUCCAGCGCCUGGGCAACCUCCAGGUGCUUCGGCUGUGUGAGAACAGGCUCUCAGACAUCCCCAUGGGCACUUUUGAUGGGCUGGGCAACCUCCAGGAGCUGGCCUUGCAGCAGAACCAGAUUGGGAUGCUGUCCCCUGGUACCUUCAACAACAACCGUAACCUCCAGAGGCUCUAUCUGUCCAACAACCACAUCUCUCAGCUGCCCCCCGGCAUCUUCAUGCAGCUCCCCCAGCUCAACCGUCUCACACUCUUUGGGAAUUCCCUGAAGGAGCUCUCUCCAGGGGUCUUUGGGCCCAUGCACAACCUGCGUGAGCUCUGGCUGUACGAUAACCACCUCACUUCUAUACCUGACAAUGUCUUCAGUGACCUCCACCAGUUGCAGGUCCUGAUCCUCAGCCGCAAUCAGAUCAGCUCUAUCUCCCCGGGUGCCUUCAAUGGCCUGAAGGAUCUGCGGGAGCUGUCCCUGCACACCAAUGCGCUGCAGGACCUGGACGGAAAUGUCUUCCGUACGUUGCUCAAUCUGCAGAACAUCUCCCUGCAGAACAACCGCCUCAGACAGCUCCCAGGGAAUAUCUUCGCCAAUAUCAAUGGCCUCAUGACUGUCCAGCUGCAGAACAACCAGCUGGAGAACCUGCCCGUGGGCAUCUUUGAUCACUUGGGGAACCUAUGUGAGGUGCGGCUCUAUGACAACCCCUGGAGGUGUGACUCAGGCAUCCUUCCACUCCGCAACUGGCUCCUGCUCAACCAGGCCAGAUUGGGGACCGACACGCUCCCGGUGUGUUUCAGCCCAGCCAAUGUCCGAGGCCAGUCCCUCAUCAUCAUCAAUGUCAAUGUUGCGGUCCCCAGUGUCCAGACCCCAGUGAUCCAGACCCCUGAGGUGUCCAGCUAUCCAGAAACGCCACGGUAUCCGGUCACGCCCAGCUACCCUGAAACCACCUCCAUCUCCUACACCACUGAGCUCACCACUGAGGACUACACUGAUCUGACCACCAUUGAGACCACCGAUGACCGCAGCGUAAUGGGCAUGACCCGGGCCCAGGGUGGGCUGGCCAUUGCCGCAAUUGUCAUUGGCAUUAUUGCCCUGGCCUGCUCCCUGGCCGCCUGCAUCUGCUGUUGCUGCUGCAAGAAGGGGGGCCACGCCGUCCUGAUGCAGAUGAAGGCACCCAAUGAGUGUUAA